AUGAAAACCGUCGGUUUCUGGUAUCCCGAAAGCUCUAAAGAAAAAUGGAUAUUCGACGGUAUAUUAUUUUACACGUUGAUGGCAGUAACAACUUCUUUGGUUAUCGUGUCUCUCGACGUUUAUUAUAGUUGGGGUGAUUUUUACGCGAUCACUUAUACUGCCUGCAGUAUAAUGCCAGUGAUAAUAGUAUUGCUUAAAAUAUCGAUAUUUAUGUUACACCGUACGAAAAUGAUGAACUUGAUAAAAUAUACUCAAGAAAACUUUUGGUAUCGGGAAUACGAUGAUUUUGGUCAAAAGAUAUUAAAUGAGAUCGAUAAAAAGGGAAUACUUUUGAUGUGUUCCUUCACGUUUUUUGUUCAAGGAACCGCUGUUACUUAUACCCUGACACCGAUAAUAGAAAACUUGGGUAAAAAUGAUAGCGAUAGGAUUCUACCGUUCAAGAUAUGGAUCGAUCUACCUUUUUCAAUGAGUCCUUAUUUCGAGAUAUUCUUUACGAUUGAGACUCUCGCCCUGAUACACACCGCCGUUUGUUUUGCCUGUUUCGAUAAUUUUUUAUGCCUCUUAAGCAUGCACGCCGCCGGUCAAUUCAAAAUACUACAGCACAAGCUCGAGACGAUUUUUGAUUGGGGCGUUAACGUAUCAUUGAAAACUGUCAUAACGUUGAAUAACGAAAGAUUAAAUGAUUGCAUUAAGAGGCACAAUGAAUUGAUUAAUUAUAUUGAUAAAUUGGAAAAUAUAUUUACUCACACGAUGUUGUGCCAAUUGUUAAUAUCAAGCGUGAUGCUUUGCGUAGCUGGAUUUCAAAUGUUCUUGUCACAAGGAACAUUGAUAAGGAGGAUGAUAUUUGUCGCUCAUACCAACGGAUGCUUCUUCCAACUCUUUGCAAUAACUUUGACAGCAAAUGAGGUAUUGAUUGCCAGUCAAGCUAUAAGCGAGGGCGCUUACGCCGCAAAUUGGGCCUUCCUCCCUUCAGAAAUUUUUACCAACAUAAGUGGAAGUCUUAUAAUGAUUAUGAUCCGAGCACAAAAACCUUGUUGCAUAACUGCAGGCGGAUUUUUUCCUGUCUCCCUCGAAACAUGUAUGGCGGUCUUGAAGACAGCAGCUUCUUAUUUCACGUUAUUGAGAACAUUCGAUGACGACAAUAGAACGAUGAAUAAAAUGAAAUUUUUGUCGGUCAAUAUAGCAAGGUUUUUAAUGAAAAUCAUUGGCUUUUGGUCAGCUGAUACGAUUAACGAGGAACGUUUGCUCGAUAUACUUCUCAGUUACACCAUCAUUGCAAUUGGGAUGGCCUUGUGGAUCGAGGCAUAUGAUUUUUACGUUAGUCUCAAUGAAUUCUACGCACUCACGUAUACCGCAUGCAGUGCAAUGCCAGUGGUGGUGAUUCUAUUGAAAUUAAUCGUAUUUUUGCCUAAUCGUAAAGACAUUAUCAAAUUAAUUAGAUACACUGAGGAAAGUUUUUGGUUCAAGGAAUACGACGAAUACGAUGAAAAGAUAUUGAAUGACGUUAAUAAAAAGGGAUCGAUUUUAAUUUGUUGUUUUACGUGUUGCGUACAAAGCACCGUAUUUUCUUACAUGUUAAUCCCUCUAACAGAAAAUAUAGGAAAAAAUGAGAGCGAUAGAAUCUUACCCUUCGACAUCUGGUUAGGGGGAGCAGACAUACAUUUGUCGCCAUAUUUCGAAUGGGCAUUUGCAAUGGAGAUUAUCGCAUUGAUACAUUCAGGAUUUUGUUUCUGUUGUUUCGAUAAUUUGCUAUGCUUGUUGAAUCUAACGUUGGCUGGACAAUUCAGGAUUUUGCAACAUCGUUUGGAAACAUUGUUCGACAAUAGCAUAUUGUAUUCCAGGAAGAACGAAUAUAUUUCCUUGGACGAUGACGCAUUAAAAACUUUUCGAGAAUUUAAAAGAUGCGUUGAACAUCAUCGUAUGCUUAUUGAUUAUAUCGACGAAUUGGAAAGGAUAUUCGCGAUGGCCACGUUGUUCCAAUUGUUGAUGUCCAGUGUCAUGCUUUGCGUCGCAGGAUUUCAACUUUUUAUGUCCCGUGGCAUUGCAACACGUCAGUUUCUAUUCUUCGCACACGUUUACGGUUGUUUCUUUCAAUUAUUUGUCACAACGUCCGCUGGCAAUGAGGUAAUCAUCGAAAGUCGUGCGGUCGGUGAUGCAGCUUACAAUGCUAAUUGGCAGACAUUAUCCCAUGAGCCCUAUAAGAAGAUUAAAAUGGGCCUUUUGAUGAUGAUGUUACGAGCCAAUCGACCGUGUUACAUUACAGCCGGUGGCUUCUUUCCCGUAUCUCUCGAAACGUUUAUGGGGGUAUUAAGUACUGCAACGUCGUACUUCACUUUAUUACGUAACUUUGAAGAAGACGAAGGAUUGAUAAAUGAUAUUUAA